UGAGGAGUGAGGACGAGUGGAGGACUACUGAAACGGUGAGCGACCUUGCUAUCAUUCUCUCUCUCGUUCCCGGGUUUCCAAGCUCUCAUCUCUCUCUCUCUAUCUCAUCUUUCUCAAAGUCUCAAAGUCUCAAAGUCUCAAAGUCUGAAGGUGAAGUUCAGUCCAAAUACCAAAGUCCGCACUUUUGUCUUAUAAGGAGCGGGGAAGAAAAAAAAACCAGAAUUUUUCUCCAUCAGAAAGUCAGAGUUAUCUUCGCUGAUUCUUCUUCGGCAUUCAAUACUGUACUACACUAUAUUGCAGAUUUGCAGGCAACCGAGAGGAGUAUAGGACUUUGGAGAGCAGAGAAUUUCUUUCUUUCUAUCCUUCUUCUUCUUCUUCUUCAGUCAAUCAAUCAAUCGCUUCUUUGAUUUGUUAUUAGUCCUUCCGAACGAUGUGGUGGCAGUUUGAAUGGAGUAGUAGUUGCUGGUAUUGGUGGAGUUGAGGGAUGGGUUGCAUUCUUUGUAUAAGAGCAGAAGGGGAUGGCCGAGAACGAGAACGAGGACGAUCCGGUGAAUCAGACCGUCACGUCAAGGGUGAAGAAGUGCCACCCCCCGAUAACAUUGUUGCCGUUCAUGGCGCUAGGUCUAGGAAGGAACGAGUGCGUAGGGAGAGGGAAAGGAUAUACAGGACCGGCGUUAUUAAUCCUCCACCGCAGCUAGGGCGGCUUAAGUCGAAGCCGAGGCUGAAUCCGAAUCCGGUGUUCAGAACUCAGCAAGGGUGGCCCGCUUGGCUGUCUGCCGUUGCCGGCGACGCCAUCGAAUGUUGGACCCCUCGACGUGCCGAUACGUUCGAGAAGCUCGAUAAGAUCGGGCAAGGAACUUAUAGCAAUGUAUAUAAAGCUAGAGACCUCAUUUCUGGGAAGAUCGUCGCUCUGAAGAAAGUUCGGUUUGAUAAUUUGGAGCCGGAGAGCGUGAAAUUCAUGGCCAGAGAGAUUCUUGUUCUGAGAAGGCUCGAUCAUCCCAAUGUCAUUAAGUUGGAAGGUCUGGUUACUUCGAGGAUGACUUGUAGUCUCUAUUUGGUUUUCGAAUAUAUGGAACAUGAUCUUGCGGGGCUAGCAGCUUGCCCAGGGGUCAAAUUUACCGAACCACAGAUCAAAUGCUAUAUGAAGCAAUUAUUAUCUGGUCUUGAGCACUGUCAUAAUCAAGGUGUCUUGCAUCGUGAUAUCAAGGGUGCAAAUCUACUUCUAGACAAUGAAGGAAGUCUUAAAAUAGCUGAUUUUGGACUGGCUGCUUUUUAUGAUCUGGACCAUCGGCAACCAAUGACUAGCAGAGUUGUUACCCUUUGGUACCGACCUCCCGAACUUCUUCUAGGAGCAACUUAUUAUGGUGUUAGUGUUGACCUUUGGAGUGCCGGCUGCAUUUUGGCUGAAUUACUUGCUGGGAAGCCAAUAAUGCCAGGGCGGACAGAGGUGGAACAGCUGCAUAAGAUUUUUAAGUUAUGUGGCUCUCCAUCAGAGGAAUAUUGGAAGAAAUCCAAGUUGCCACAUGCUACUAUUUUUAAGCCACAACAACCAUAUAGACGGUGUAUAGCUGAAACUUUUAAAGAUUUUCCACCUUCUACGAUAUCUUUGAUUGAAACCCUUCUUUCGCUUGAUCCAGAUGAACGAGGCACUGCCACUGCUGCUCUGAAUAGUGGUUUCUUCAGUACGGAACCUUAUGCUUGUGAACCAUCAAGCUUACCAAAGUAUCCUCCAACCAAAGAAAUAGAUAUGAAAUUGAGGGAUACAGCCGCCAGAAGGCAAAGGGGACUGAAUGCGAAACCAAAUGCGGCUGAUGGGGCAAAGAGAGUUCGAAUUCGUGAUCGGGGUGGCCGAGCAUUCCCAGCACCAGAAGCAAAUGCUGAGCUUCAAGUGAACCUGGAUAGGCGGAGGUUCAUAACACCAGCCAAUGCUAAGAGCAAGAGUGAGAAAUUUCCACCUCCUCAUCAAGAUGGAGCUGUUGGGCACCCGCUGGACAUAUCACAUGAUGGAAGAAUAUCAUUUGUUACUCAUUCUUCUUUUGCCUCUUCAGCUUGUGACCCAAAGGCCGGUGGCAUACCAUUUUCAGGACCCCUGAGAAAACCUGUACCUUUAGGCAGGAAAACCAGAAAAGAGGCUCAGAUGGCACCAUCUCGGAUGUUCAAACAAGCAUUCAGACCAUCACUAGGGCUAUCUACAGAUCAUAGAAAUAAGGGUAAAGAACAAGUUUCAGAAGUUUUUGGUGGUGGAAGAUAGGGGUUGAAAUGCAAAUGAGGAAAGCAAUAUCCCGAUCAUCUUUUAUGUUCAAAGGUUCUCUCCGGUUACUCUCCAAAGGGGGAACUACGGAGGCACAACUAUUUCUGCCUUGUUGAUUGUUUUAGCCAAAUGUAAGUAUCACAUAACUGGGGGAAGCCCAAUACUUUCAUCCAUUACAUCUGAUCAUUUCAAUCAUUGGAUGGAUUUGGGACCUUAUGGAUUGGCCACAUGUCAAAUGUGCUACCUAAGGGUACUCCCUUUGGUUGACAGAUGUUUCUUUUCCGAAGUGUACUGAUAUUGACUUGUAUAUUGUCAUUUUGAUGAUGCUUUUUACCUGAAGUUUGCAACAUGAAUAGAAAGUCGGUGAUGUAAAUUUUCCACAAAAGAUAGAGGAUGCUCAUGUCUCUCUACGUUGGAUCAAGUGCUGUUUUGGUUGUCAUUUC